AUUAAUUUUUACUGUUUUUACAGAGUAUUAAAUGGCUCUUGAACUCUUCAGCCUUUUCUGAAAUUCUGAUUUCUGAAUUUCUGAGGUUUGAUUGCUUUAUGGUUAGACUUCUUGGAAUGUUGCUUAAACAGAUAAUUAGAUACUCUUUACUCUUGCGUACUACAAGAAGUAGUUAAUCCAGUUUCUUCUAAUCUGCGAACUGCGAUCGACUAAGGAGAAAUGGCAGGUCUCAGUUUGCGACUGACGAAAGGCUUGGUUCUUGGUGGUAUGUUUCUAAUAACAUCUAUUUUCUGCCUUCUUCCUGCCUGGCUGAUUUCUAGUGUUCGAAGUCAUCAUUUGGAGAGCGGCCCGCAUUCCCGUCUGUUUCGCUACGGCAUAAGCUUCCUAAACUGUUUCGCCUGUGGUGUUUUCCUGGGCACUUUGUUUCUGGAUUUGCAGCCGGAUGUGAUCGAUGCCUUCAAAGAGCAUCUUCCAAAAGUGGGCAUCCACACAGAGUAUCCACUGGCGCAGUUUUGUAUUGUGUUCGGUUUAUUGUUGGUGAUGAUGGUGGAGCGUAUUGUGGUCUCGUGCAAAACGGAGGAUGUGCACAUCUUUCACGGGCAUGAUCAUGGCCACGGGCGCGGACGAGUGGAUGCGGAGAGGCAGGAGGCACGAGAAAGAGGCCGUCUCAGGCAUCGAACCGUCAGCGAAUCGGAGUUGUUGAGGGAGCAAAUUAAUCAGCGAUAUGCCAUGCCAAAUCCCUAUCAUCCUCCUGCACACCAGGAACCACCGAGCAAUGACGACCGCGGUGAUUUCCGUACACGACGCUCAUCGGAAAUCUCUCUGCCGGACGCAGUGGAUAAUGAGCCAGAAAUUUUAUCCUCCGUUGCGUCAUCGCGGUCCUCGUCGCCGACACGCGAAGAUGGUCACGGGCAUUCGCAGGGAUCCGUUGAACCGGCGCUGCGGCUGGUUAAAUCCAAGUCCCAUCAGACGACACACACUGCGCGUUCCUUUAUUCUGUUGGUUGCUCUUAGUCUACACUCUGUCUUCGAAGGAUUAGCGGUCGGAUUGCAAGGAUCGCGGCAAAAGGUGGUGGAAAUAUUCGGAGCGUUGUUGAUACAUAAAUGCGUGGUGGCCUUCUCCGUCGGGAUGAAUUUAAUGCAGAGUCGGAUGGCGUUUCGGAACGUUAUCAUGUUGGCGCUGGUAUUUGCUGCUGCCUCACCGUUAGGAAUUGGGAUUGCGAUGGGUAUGGAGAAUUUCAACCAGGAUGGUGCAGCCGGCAUAAUCAGUGCGGUACUGCAAGCGAUGGCCUGUGGUACAUUUUUGUUCAUUACAUUUCUGGAGGUUUUGCCGCAUGAAAUGCUGAAGAAUUCUCAAGACGAAGCCGGUGGUGUGAUGUUACUGAAGAUUCUUUGCAUGGUUAUCGGAUUCUCCGUUAUGGCUGGAUUGAUGUUUAUGGAUGCCUGAUAACCGGAAGCUUUACAGUUUUUGGCUUAUAGUAAGCUGUUAAUGACUAGAUUUGUAUGUAG